AUGGCGGCGGCUGCGGCGGCGGCAGCUUCUGCAGCAGCUUUGGCUGAGAAGGUUGUUGUAAAAGACAAAGUCAUCUGUCGAGGGUCGGCUCCAAGGAUUUUUGUGGAAGGAGGGGGUUGUAAACUGCUGUUCAGCAGCGUGACUCCUGAAGCAAAACAUUCGUCCGAGCUCCUGAGUGUUGAGGAGGGGGUGCUGGCUGAUGAGCCAAGCCCAGCUGUUACGGCGAUUUCUGUCUCAGAGGUCGUGACUACAACUCCAACUCCUGGGGAGGUAUUUCCAUCCAGCAGUCCCAGUUCUGAUUUCACAACGGCAGCAUCCUCAAGCAUGGCAAGUUUGGCGACGACGUGGAAAAUUCAGGAAGUGACGGUGCCAUCAAUUUCAACGUUGAUUCCCAUAGUGUCAUUUGAGGGAGAGUGCUGGGAUAAAAGCUUCAUCAUAGAAUCUAACACAUGGAUGAGGCCGAUUGAGAAAUUAUCCCUCAGUCUGCCAUACUUCGGAGAACAUGAACCCUGGGUACGCUCCAAGCAAACCUUCACGUGCACCGAUGGGCCGAAAAGUCAUACAUUGACCUUGGAAGUUGGCCAAGAGCUUUACAGAACGAUUUCGGAAUUUCCUGAAUCAUCACAGACGAUUGUGACGAAGAUUUUCUGCACCAUGGGGAAAGUCCGCGGAAAUGGAAUGGCGAUGUUCACGUAUGGUCAGCCGCCAGUUGGUCAAUUCAUGGUUGCACACCCACUGGUUGUCAAGCGCCAGUUGGUCCAACUGCCAGCCAGGGCAGUUCUUGGCCUUGCCAAUCCCCAGCCCACCAAACUGUGGUUUGGUCACCCAAUUGUCUGGGUACCCAAACAAUCGGGAGACAAGAAUCAUGCUGUUUUUUUCAGAAUUCAAGAGCCAGAGAAUGUGGGAAAAUCGUGGACAAUUGCAAAUCCGAUUUCACCCAAGGAAUGGCAGAUCGCAUCUGCCCAAUGGAAAAUCUGUGUUUCCUUCGACUCAGCUGCUUGUGCGAUUCCGAGUUUGGUUGGGGGAAAAGGAGCCUCUCUGGCAGUGUUGACCCGACUCCACAAGCAAAAUCCAGACCAGAAGUUCAAAGUGGCCAAGGGAUUCUGUGUGACAGUAGUGGGGUAUGAGCAACAACUCGACCAUUCCCCUGAAAUAAGGAAAGUUUUGCAAGAAUUGCAGAGUUCAAUCAGUGAUGAGGACCACUUGAAGUCUUCCUGUUCUCGAGCUGAAGCAGCAAUUGGGAAAGCAUCCUUGGAUCCCAAAAUUGCCGGGGCAAUAACAGCUGCAUUCAUUGAAUUGUUUGGGCUGGAUUGGGAGACGCGUAGUUACGCGUUACGCUCGUCUGGCGUCGGAGAAGACAGUGAUGAAGCGUCCAGUGCUGGACAAAACGAAACAUUUCUAGGUGUCACUGGAUUCCAGAAUGUGUCCCAAAGCUUGCUGAAAUGCUGGGCAUCGCAGUUCGCCUUCAGAUCUGUGCUUUAUCGCAAACAAAACGGGAUCCCAAUUCUUCCGCCCAUGGCAGUGGUUGUGCAAGAAAUGGUUCGCGCUGAAGCUGCCGGAGUUCUUUUCACUUGCGACCCGGUUACCGGAAAUCCGGCCAUGCUUCACAUUUCUGCAAAUUUAGGCCUUGGGGAGACUGUAGUUUCUGGUGAAGUGGAGCCUGAUACAAUUGUCAUCUCAAGGAACCCUGUCGACGGUUCGCUUUCUGUGACUGACGUUGAAAUCGGACAGAAGUCGCUGCAAAUGUAUUUAAAUGAUGAGGGAACCCUUGUGGAAGUUUCGUCUGAACCCGAGGAUUCGAGCAGGAGCCAGACACCAAGUAUUUCGGACGAAGUAGCGCUGAGUCUGGCAAAUCUCGGCAUUUUCUUGGAAGAUACAAUGGGAGGCGCACGUGAUUUAGAAUGGGCCUUAUCUCAGGCGAGUCUUUUCCCAGACGGAGACAUUUAUUUGCUCCAAAGUCGCCCCGUCACGACUGUUCAUGCAAUAACCGAAUUUGAGCUGACGCAUGAAUUCGACAGUGGGUUCCUGACUGAUCAUGAAUUCAGCACCCGCGGAAAUACUGGAGAAGUUUUACCAGGUGCCUUGACACCGUUCUCCUUGACGACUGGGUCAAAAAUCCUCGACAACACAAUGCAGCAGCUGUCGGAAAAUCUGUCUCGAAUCACUCUCCGCUCAACCGAUGGGUUCUGUCCCUUAUUCAACGUGCAUCGGUUAGCCGUGUCAUCGCACUCAGUUAUCUUCCUGAACCUGCUGGAGCUCUUCUUGAGGGAUCACAAGUCCAGGGAAGUUCAGCCGGACACUGCAGCCAACAUGAUCGGUACAUUUGGGAAGGUGUUUGAAGAACUGGAUGAAAUGCAGGAGAUUGCGGAUGAUCGCUACGUUGCCAUGAACAAGUUGCAGAUCUUCUUUCGACUGAUUUGGUUCAUUCAGGCGAGAAAUACUCCAGAAUUUUGUAAUAAUCGUCGCGGUUUACUACGAGGAAACAGACACGCCUCCAAUGCGGAACGGCUUCGAGCGCAACUGCAUUUGGAAGUUUCACCCACGUCUUCGGCCGACGACAUCGAAAGAACACUCUGCAAGGCCGUCGAUGCUUUGUCACAGGGAGGAAUGUUGCAUAUAUCAGUCAGCGGCCUGAGUCUUUUUGCCGAAGUCUUGAUGGUGCUUACUCUGAAUGGAGACAAGAAGAAGGUGGAGAUGUCGCCCGAGCUCAUCAGCGACGUCGCUACUCUUCUGGGGAUGCAACAAGACGGAGUCAUCUCUCGCGAAGUGCCCGAAACAUUCAGGGAUAUCGCUGAUUUGAUCAGAGGAACGGAAAAGGAGCAGGAAUUCCUGCAGCUCUCUCCAAAAGACGCGGAUGCAUGGCUGCGUAACCAAGGCGGGCAGCUCGAGUACCGCUACAAGCAGUUCUUCGAGCGACACGGACAUCGUGGCCUGCGAGAGUUCGAAACGCACAGCAAGCCUUGGGGAAUGACGCCGGAAUUGGUCGCAGAAACGCUGCAAGUGUCCGUUCGCACGCAUUCCCCGGUGCAGAACAAUAAGAACAAUGCCCCCAACACCCCGGAUGAGAUCGUGCAGGCCCUGAAAACCGACCUGACAGGCGGGAAAAAGAGGUUCAUGAAGCUUCUGGUGCUCAUGGGAGCGAGAGGAGUUCGACAGCGAGAGGCGACCAAGUCUGCCAUCAUCGGUCUCGGUCAUAAACUGCGAUUGGUGCUUCGGGACAUUACGCAAUGGCUCUUGGCUCGGGGACGAAUACCUGACGAUGAUCUCACGUGUUUCUUGACCAUGUAUGAGCUGGUGCGACUCCUUCGACAGCCAUGUCCUCUCAGCGUUCAGAGAGCUCUUCGCCGCAGAAAAAUGCAUCCAAUCCUAGACGCUCUUCAGUUUCCGGAGCUCUGCAAAGGUUUCCCACAGCCGCUUCCUCAAGAAACUGAAACAAUCCAGCCGGAUUUAUCGGUGGAUUUCUCAGUGUCGGGUACACCUGUUUGCCAUGGCCAGGUCAAGGGGCCGAUUCGCGUUGUGAAAACGCUGGCUGAGGCGAAAAACAUCGUCCCAGGGGAUAUCCUGGUUACCCACAGCACCGACAUUGGAUGGUCCCCGUAUUUUCCGAUCCUUGGGGGUCUGGUCACGGAAAUCGGGGGUUUGAUUUCUCACGGAGCCGUCGUGGCCAGAGAAUAUGGACUACCGUGUGUUGUCGGUGUGAAAAACGCUACGAAGUAUUUUGAACAAGGUGAUAUCGGUCUUCUGGAUGGGUCCAAGGGGAUUUUGGUUCGUCUAGCUAAAGCCUGAGGGGAACUUUUAUCGCUCUGAUUGUCGGCUGAAUGCGGGUGAAGCAUAAUUUGGGGAAAAGUGUUGGACUUGAAUAUGGGAUGGGAUUCAUUGAUUGAAAUUCAUAGCUUCAUUUUGCGUUCAGGACAUCAAUAAUUUCUAGUGUGACUUGAAAUAUGUCUGACGGUCGCAAUUCAUUUCUGGGGCUCAAAUUUCUACACCUGUUUUCAGGCUGAUGAGAGAUUUAAUUUAUAUUUUAUCCUGUAUGGAAAUACACCCUUGUCAACAUGCA